AGCUGGCGACUACAGGGGAGAAAGAGUGGUACUUUUACUGCCCAAGGGACCGUAAAUACAGGAACAGUGCAAGGCCAAAUCGAGUUACAGGAGCUGGGUUCUGGAAGGCGACUGGAACGGACCGUCCUAUUUACUCCUCUGAUGGCACCAAGUGCAUAGGUUUGAAGAAGUCCCUUGUUUUCUACAGAGGUAGAGCUGCUAAAGGGAUCAAAACUGACUGGAUGAUGCACGAGUUUCGGCUUCCUUCUCUUGCAGACCCAUCACCACCAAAGAAGCUCCUAGACAAAAGCCUUCCUGCAAAUGAUGCAUGGGCUAUUUGUAGGAUAUUCAAGAAAACAAACUCCAUGGCACAAAGAGCACUUUCUCACUCUUGGGUCUCUCCAUUACCGGACAGUACUACAGCUUCUGAUUUAUUCUCACAAGGAGCACUCUGCACUCAGUUCAGUUCAGAGAACAUGUCUUGCACAACUGACAUAGGAUCAAGUUUCCAUAUAGGCUCCAAUAAUAAUGACUUCCAACAGGCCUCUGCUGCUAGUUUCUCUGUUUUAGACAUGCCCUCUUACAAACCCAUUAAUCCUACAGCCUACAAAUCAUAUUUAUGUCCUGUAUCAAAUGGUGAUUUUCCCAACAACUUCUUGUAUUCACCACUCGAAAUUUCGGGUCCCGUCAAGUCUACAGAUGAUGCUCCUUCCAUGCUAUUGAACCCAGCCUUAAUAGGUGAAGCUUGUAAAACUUCUGGGGGAAUAGAUUAUGAAGGGUCACAACAGCAGUUCAAUGGAUUCUCGAUCAAUUUGCUUCAAGAAAUGCAAGGUAAUAUGGGUACGGGAGAAGAAGAUGCGGGUUUGAGAAAGAAUCCAGGUUCAAUCCAUGAUAAUAACAUGGUGGGGACUAUUCGAUCCAUUGGAUUCCCCUUCAGUUUGCCUUCAAACCUGCCUGAUGCAUGGAAGUCUAAUCUGCCAUGGGAUUCACCAUCCUGCCCCAGUGAGAUGUCCACCACUUACUCCACAAGCAAAUGCUAUACUUAA